CUGGAGUCUGCUGUUUCUAGGAGCCAGUUCUGCGGGGCUCUCUGAGAUCCUCUGAGUAGAACUGUACACAGUAUUCUGAAUAUGGUUGCACCAGAGAUGUGUAUAGCAGCGUUUUGAUAAUUGUCAUUUUAUUUUCAACCCUAUCAUUUUAAAUUCGUGACGCCAGGCACUGAACCCAGCAUCUUCAGUGUAUAAGGCUCCUGUGGUGCUCAUGCAGCCAUCGGAGAAACCAUGAAAUUCUUGUCCCUUGCUGCUGUUAUCUGGUGUGUCCUAGUACCACCAUCUGAGACCACCAAGAGCUUUGAGGAUAUCCGCUGUAAGUGUAUCUGCCCCCUAUACAAGAACAUCAGUGGACAAAUAUAUAAGAAGAAUGUGUCACAGAAAGAUUGUAAUUGCCUGCAUGUGGUGGAACCAAUGCCUGUGCCUGGAAAUGAUGUUGAAGCAUACUGCCUGCUGUGUGAGUGCAAGUAUGAAGAACGGAGCACCACCACCAUCAAGAUCAUAAUAAUCAUUUACCUCUCGGUAAUUGGAGCCCUUCUUCUCUACAUGGCCUUUUUAAUGCUGGUUGACCCCCUGAUUCGCAAGCCUGAUGCCUACACCCACCCACUGCACAAUGAAGAAGAGAGCGAGGAUGCCCAUUCGCUGGCAGCUGUGCAUCCUUCUGCGAGCACCAGGGCAAACACAGUGCUGGAGAGAGUGGAAGGAGCUCAGCAACGGUGGAAGCGUCAGGUGCAGGAGCAGAGGAAGACUGUCUUUGAUCGGCACAAGAUGCUGAGCUAGAGCUCACAGAGAGUUCCCACUCCCGGAGUGAACAGCAUCUGCUGAUCAGCUGGGCAGAUGGUAUCUAUUAGCCAGUACAACAUAAGUCUGUAGUUUGAGUCUGUUGCACCUAUCCUGUUUGUUUAUUUUGAAAAAUAAGUGAAGUCAAAGCAAGAGCUACUGGCUGCACAUUCCAAACCUAUAUAUUGAGUACUGUGACCUACUGGGGGGGGGGGGUGGUCCCUGGCUGUACCUCACUUAGACACCCCACCAAAGUUUCCUUCGUGCUUUUCCCUUUCCCUAGAAUAGCCUAAAGGACUUCACUGAGGUUAGAAUAAGCUUUGUUAUGUAAAAUGGCAAGCCGGUAGCCCAUGCGUGGGAUGAGAGAAGCCCAGCACACGCAUACGCACAUGCACAUGCACAUGUGCCAGUGCUCUAAAGUGAAGAGUUUCUUUUGUAAAAUACGCAAUAUGUAUAGCAUACAGUAUAUAAACAUGAGGGAAAGGAGUUCAGUAUUUCAAUUAUAUUUGCUAAGGAUUACAUCCUGAUAUCCUUGUUAAACAACAUUGGUAUCAAAGAAUCAACUUUUACUCAGCUAAACCCAGCUGCUUAUGCAGUUAACUAUUUCCCAUGUGUCUAAAACAGUUCCCUAUCAGGCUAAAAAGAUUUAAUUUAAAAAUCCUUAACCCCUACAUCUGACACUAUCCAUCUCUUUCCCUCUUCCCAGUCCUUUUCUGGCUGUGUCUGCAGUCCUCAGGGCCCUUUCCUGGGAGUAAGCCCCACAGAAUACCAUGGAACUUACUUCCGAAUGAGCCUGUGUACAAUUGCUCCCUAAGUCCCUUAGAACCCUGAACCUAUUGGCUGCUGUAGCUGUGAAUAAAUUAGGAUAAUACUUCCAUCACAAGUACAUAAGGCCCAAACCUUCCAUUCAUCUGCCUGUAUGGCUAAAGCUACCCUUCAUGGGCCAAGCAGUGAGUGCUGCUACCCGAUGUAUUUGUGAUCUAUGGAAGUGGGAAAGUACAUCUCCUGGCUGCAAAGUAUCUAUUUGAUUUCAGAAGUGGUAAGUGGCAGUAGUGCAUGCCUGGCCCUGUUGUCUGCAGGGCACACAUCGUGCUGAAUGAUGACAAAUGUGGAACUGCCCCCCCCCCCGCCCGCCCGAGAGAAGUGAGGGCAUCACUAAUGUCAUUGGGGUGGAAUUACUCUUAUUCCCUCCCUUAUAUUUGAUCUAAUCGAAGAGUAGUUAGUGUUGUAACUGCAGUGGCUGCAUUCAGUCAUCAUUUUAAACUGACUAUGGUCUAGACAUGACUAGUUUCCAAACUUGUGUGCAUCUCUCUUCUGCUUCCUCACUUCUCCCUUUUCGUACAACACUACCCAGGAAUGCUGUUUUAAAACCAGCAUCAGUUACCAUGUGCAGUUUGAAUGUAUGAAUGCAGCCACCUGGUUUAACUAGAGUUAGUUUUCUCAUUGCAAGCGGGGACUCUAAACCUGAAUUAAAUCAUGGUCCAGGAUACUGGUUAGUGGGAGGAAGGCUAAUGCUAGAUGACCCAUGUGUCAGCAUUUAUGCUUCAUGGCUAACUGGAGUUGUUAACCAGGACCCCUUCAUUAUGUGAUGGGGAGGAGUCAGGAGUAAUGAGCACACAGCAAGACAGGUUCAUGCUUAUAGCCCAUGCAGCUGGAUGUCUGAAAGCAGUUUGAAAGUCUUAAUGUAAAGAAGAUGGAUUUGAGACUCUUAACUCUAAUAAUUUUUUUUAAAAAAUUAACCAAGAGAACAAGUGUGUGCAUAGGCCUUCCUUCAGGUGGCUAAUGUUGUACCAUACCAUGAGAAAAGUAACUAGAUCAUAUUCCUCAAGGUGAUAAAUAACAAUUCCCCCUGAAAUUGGGAACAGCAUAAUAUAUUGCAGAGAACCUAUUGAAAUCAGCAGUGCAUUAGAGAAGAAAGCAUAAGCAGUCUAAUCUUCUGCAAACUCUGAAAGCACAAAAGUGUUGUGUUUUCCUGCCACUACAGUUCUUAAUCCAUUUUCCAUUUGUGGCUCUAAGUCCUAUUUGCAGGGAACUGUCAGUAGGAGUUCAGUCUGUUUGUAGUCCUGCCAUUUACAAGCCACAGGGAAUCUAUAGAAAAGCUGAAGCUCAGAAACUGUGCUUAAGCAUUUUGAAAGAUUUUUUUUCAGUAUACCUAGAAUCCGCUGUCUUUGAUAACAGUAUUCCAAAGGUCUAGGAUGAGAAUCUCCUGGAGGUAAAGCAAAGGAAUGGGACCGUAAGUUUGCAUUUAUGCCACAAUUAAUUUACCAUCAGAGGCUUGUAGAAAGAGACCGGAGCACCAGGUUUGUACAUAUAUCUUCACAUGCAAAUUCAUAAUAGCUGGUUACAUACAAGGCAGGUUGGUAUGUACUUGCUCUGGAAGUAACAGUGUCAAAACUGCACAUGUGCAAAGUGUAACCAAUCUAAGUAGACUGACAGCCAUUAGCUAAAGACUGCUUAGAUUAACCUUGAAGGAUAGGAGGGUUUUUUUUUUAAAAAAAAACAGCAUUUAUUUAUAACUGAUUACGGAUGUAGCCAUUGAUAGUUCAGAGCAAGCUAUCAAUUUCCUUGCAUUUUUUUGGACAAUUUUGCCCCUGGAAGGCUGUUGGAGUUUGUUUGGUUUUAAUUAGUAACUGCUACUGCACUAUUGUAAUCUAACAUUCUAAAGAUGAAUUGACACUAUUGCUGAAGUCCCAGCUUUCAUUUUAACCAAAGUCUCUAGUCCAUUCUGUUACAGUGUUAUAAGGGCAAAUGUGCUGCCUGUAUUAAUCACAGUAGCUCAAUAGCAAUUAUUGAUUAAAAAACGAGCCUUCCAAAGCCUUCUAAUGGCACAACAGGGAAAUGUCAGCCCUGGCUGCAGGAAAAGCCAGUUACCUGUAUGGCACUGUUGGGCUGCUUCACUUUGUAUGUGAACAGCCAUGAAUUGGUCAUGGAACAAUUGAACCAAUUAUCAAAAAAUUGUCUCCUUUCCUAUGACUGGUAAACAAGGCUUUUUUUCAGGGGGAACGCGGUAGAACGGAAUUCUGGCACCUUUGAAAAUACUCGGCAAUAGUGCUUGAAAAUAAUAUUAUUUUAAAGAAUCCCAUGUGUUUCUUCCUCCUUUCCCUCUUGAGAGUUCCGCCACCUCUUUUCCCAGAAAAAAACCCCUGCUGGUAAAUGAGCCAAGCCAGUGGGUGUUCAAGCAUUCCUACCUAAGACUAAGAUCUGGAGAAGUGGGAAUGGAAGAAGAAAUGUUCACAUAACUGUUCAUGCAAAUGCAACAUGUUUCAAACAGUAACUGGUUUAGGUUACAAUCUUAGCAAUACUUUCCUGGCAAUAAGCUACAUUGCUUACUUAGUAGACCUGUUUAGGAUUUCUCCCUUAAUUGUACUUCUAAGCUGGGUAAAGGUUUGCACAUGCAAAAGAAAAUCUUUGGAUGUGGCUUGAUUUUCCUUGCGUGCAUCUUGCACAAGGUGAAUAGCCAUUCUGCAUGUACAAAUCUGUUUCAGUUUGCAAAAAAUUAUUUCUAGAUCCCAGUGUAAGAUGUUACUUUUUCUCAUGGGAAAUGAGCAGGAAUAUUACUUUCCCCGAUUUCCAGUUCAAAUCUUUGUUUGUUUGUGGUACUACCAAAGUUUGGAAUGGUCCAUUUGUUUUAGCUUCACCAGGUAACAGGGGGUCCACCUAUGACCCCCCUACACAUAACACAUAUAUAUACUUGUUAUCACAUGCAUGGUUCUUUACUCAUUUUUCAUUUAUUUAAAAUAGUUAUGUUCUAUGCUUUCAAUAAAAUAUUCCUGGAGUA